GUCUACUGGGCGACACGGACCAUUCAUGUCGUCUCUAUAGUGUUUAAUUUUAUUUAUAUUUAUUUAAUAUAAAAGUGUCAAUCAAUUAUAAGUGAAUGGGAUAAUUGUAAGGAAGUGUUUAUCGACGCUUGGAUUGUAUCUCAUUGGCCCCAGAGCAGAUAAAAACAACGUAAAAAUAUCUAUUCCUAACAACAAUUAUGUUACCAAAAUGGCGGCAAAGGAUAUCCAAAUUGUUCCUAAUUCCUCAGCGGUAUGUUCUGGGCAUCAUGGGUCUACUGGCUGUGUGCAACGCGUACACCAUGCGGGUUUGCCUCAACCUCGCUGUCACUCAGAUGGUCAACAAUACCAAGUAUGAAGACCUACACUAUGACCCCGACGCGUGUCCCGAUGAUAGCGAAGUAUCGGCUAACGGAACUGUUACUGUUAAUCCACAUGCAAUUUUCGAUUGGUCAGAGUCAACACAAGGACUGAUCCUCAGUGGGUUUUACUAUGGCUAUGCCUUAACUCAUAUACCUGGUGGGUAUUUGGCAGAGAAAUAUGGCGGGAAAUGGACGUUGGGCAUUGGUCUCCUUAGCACGGCCAUCUUUACGAUGCUUACCCCCGUGGUGGUCAAAGCUGGUGGUGCAGUCGGCUUGUUCAUAUUGAGAGUCCUGCAAGGUAUGGGUGAGGGUCCAACGAUGCCGGCUCUGAUGAUUGUGCUGGCUAGAUGGGUCCCACCUCACGAGAGGUCUCGUCAAGGGGCUUUGGUCUUCGGAGGUGCUCAAAUAGGAAAUAUCUUCGGCUCAUUCAUGUCAGGGUUCCUCAUGGCUGGAGACAAGGACUGGGCCAACGUGUUCUAUUUCUUUGGCGCUUUUGGCGUCUUAUGGUUCAUUUUUUGGAGCUUACUCUGCUACAGUACACCAAAUACUCAUCCUUAUAUUUCCGACGAAGAGCUAAAAUAUUUGAAUGAACACGUAACAAGCGCUGAAACAAGCAGUGUUCGGGAUCCGGUACCAUGGAAGGCUAUAGUGAGAUCAGUUCCCGUAUGGGCCCUGCUUUUUGCUGCUGUCGGACACGAUUGGGGCUAUUACACCAUGGUGACAGAUUUGCCGAAGUACAUGACAGACGUCCUGAAGUUCAAUAUUGCUGCCACUGGCACCCUUACUGCUAUCCCCUACCUUGCUAUGUGGGUCAGCUCCUUCAUCUUUGGUUGGGUUUGUGACGUUUGUGUCAAAAGAAAAUGGCACACCAUCAAGACUGGAAGAAUUAUUCACACUACUAUCGCGGCAACGGGUCCAGCAAUAUGCAUCAUAUUAGCCUCAUACGCAGGAUGCGAUCGAUACGCAGCGGUGGCUUACUUCAUCGCGUCCAUGGCUCUUAUGGGAGGCUUCUACAGUGGCAUGAAGGUGAAUGCCCUAGACUUGGCACCUAAUUAUGCCGGUUCCCUGACUGCGAUGAUCAAUGGGACAUCAACGAUAUCUGGCAUCAUCACGCCUUAUUUGAUAGGACUUUUGACGCCUGAUUCAACCUUGGUGCAAUGGCGGGUAGCAUUCUGGGUGUGUUUCGCGGUGCUGGUAGGCACCAACAUCAUCUACUGCAUCUGGGCGGCUGGUGAUCAACAAUGGUGGGAUGACGUCAGACAACAUGGCUACCCGGCGGAAUGGAAACAUGGUCCACUGCGAAUGGCCGAACAAGACAAGGAGAAAAAUAAAAAUAAAAAAGCCGAGGCUGAGGGUACCGUGCUUUGAUUUUAGAACAGCUGUUUUAUAUAAAUGUACUAAUGACGUUACUAUUAGCAUUGUGCGUAUAGGGCAGCUCUUUUUAUUGGUAUGUCUCUUUCGCACUAGCAUAGACUAAACAACAAUACUACGUAUAGAAGAAACAGCCUCCGUGGUCUAGCGGUUAGAACGUCUGGAAGAUCUGGAGGUCCUGGUUCGAUUCCCGAUGGGGACAUUGUCGAAAUCACUUUGUGAGACUGUUCUUUGUUUGGUAAGGACUUUCCAGACUUGAAUCACCAGAUUUUCUGAAAAAGUAAGAUGAUUGCAUGCUUCGGAGGGCACGUAACGCCGUUAGUCCCGGCUAUUAGCCGUAAAAUACCUCCACCAACCCGCAAUGGAGCAGCGUGUAUGCUCCAUGCCCCCUCCGGUUGACUGCGGGGAGGUCUGUGCCCAGCAGUGGGACGUAUAUGGGCUGUUUAUAUUUAUGUUUAUAUAGAAGAAACACUUUUCAAGAGACUCCCGAAUUUGAGAACUCAAAGAGGCGGUCGAUACAUAUCGGUGUGGGGCGGAGAGGUUACCUUUCUAUACGUUAUAAUAUUAUUCUUUUAUUCUAUGACGGAGUUUGUAGAGAAUCGCUGUGGUCUGAGUUUUUAUGGAAAUUACGAAGACUACAUAAGGCUGUUUAUUAUGUUAAUUUAAUAAGCCAUUAAUGUUGAUAACCAGUGUUCCUUCAUUGACUAGUUUUGAUCGUAACUGAUAUUUUUUUUAUUGGAGAAAAGUGUCGACUAAAGUUUUGUAAUAAUAUUCAAUUAUGUACUUAACAGUUAAACAGUAUAUUUCAUCAGAUUAUGUACUUAAAACAGAAUAAUAAUUAUACCCUAUGGAUCAGAAGAUAAAGAUAGGAUGAUUUUUUUAAUUUCGAAUACAUUAUUUGUACAAGAUGCAAGUCGACUCCCAACGAAUUAUCCUCUGUCCACCUCCGUUAAAGACCAUGGGCGUAAUGUACAUAUGUGUAAUAAAUUGAUACACAUUAUACUCAUAACAGGCUAAAUUAUACUUUUGCUUUUUAAUAAAUUUCUAAAUUAUGGUAUUGGUUGGAAUAUCAAAAUGAAAUUUAUUAUAGGUACAUAACUUAAAAUACUAACACAUAUCAAAUACUUUUUUAUGAAUUAUUUCCUCGUUAUUUAAUGGAAAUUUAUUUAGCUCCUGUGAUUAAAUCUUCAUAAUUUAUUUAUUUUUCAUAAAAACUUCAUUGUAAUAUUUAUAUUUUAAUUAUAUUAUGUGACGUAGUUAAUAUAGUGCCAUUUACCUUUACAAUGGUUCUAAUUCCAGUACAUACCAUUUAAUUUUAUUUUAAGUUACAACUGUCAUUUUUUUAUUCGCCCAAAUAGGAAAGGGACGGGUGAUUGAAAGCUGUCAAUUUUAAAAUCAAUGAAUAACCCUCGCGAAUUUUAUUUAUCAAUGUAUUUUUUUAUAGGGUUGUUUUAGAUAUCAGAAUAGAAAAUUACAGGUAUAACUUAAAAGAAAAUUAAAUGGUAUCUGCAGAAAUUAGCACCAAUGAACGUGAAAAGUAUGUUUUAAGUAAUACCGUUUUUGAAAUAUUGAAUUUGUUUUCUAACACUAAACUGUUUGUGAUAUAAUUAUUGUGAUCGUGUAAAUAAUUUUAGUUUUGUUAGGUAAUCGAAUAAAAUGUAAGUGUUUAAAA